AUAGCACGCACACCGAAGGGGAGGAACCGGAGCCGUGUGCCGUGUGGGUAUAAAAGAGAACCACUACGGUCGGUUGGUAUCAGUUUUCCUUUCAGUUUGAAUCGAGACAAACCUCUAUCCACUACGAUGGCACCGAAAACCAGCGGAAAGGCCGCAAAGAAGUCCGGCAAGGCCCAGAAGAACAUUGUCAAGGGCGACAAGAAGAAGAAGAAGCAACGCAGGAAGGAAAGCUACGCCAUCUACAUCUACAAGGUGUUGAAGCAAGUCCACCCGGACACUGGUGUCUCAUCGAAGGCCAUGAGCAUCAUGAACAGCUUUGUCAACGAUAUCUUCGAACGCAUUGCCGCCGAAGCUUCCCGUCUGGCUCACUAUAACAAGCGAUCGACCAUCACGUCCCGCGAAAUUCAAACGGCUGUCCGUCUUUUGCUCCCCAGGAGAGUUGGCCAAGCACGCCGUCUCUGA